AUGACGAGGGCGAUGAUGUCAGAUUCCAAGAUGCCGCAUGAUUUUUGGGCCGAGGCAGUAUGCACAGCAGUACACAUCAAAAACAGAAUCAAAUCAACGGUACACGGAAGGACCCCUUUCGAAGUAUGGAAUGGCAGAAAACCGAACGUGAAGUAUUUAAGAAGAUUUUGGUAUGUAGCGUACUUGCUGGACAAAGAAGGAAAAAGAAAGAAAUUUGACUCAAAAACUACUAAAGGGAUAUUUGUGGGAUAUGCAGCCAACCACACAUAUCGAAUAUUCGUACCAACAACCGGAAGAAUAAAAACGGAUUGGGAUGUAAAAUUUGACGAAUGCAGAAGAGGAUAUGGAAUACUGAAUGAAGAAGAAAAGGGAAAUCAAAUGAAUUGUGAAAAAUUAAUAAUCGGUGGACUCGAUGCCGAAGAUGAGACUAACGAGAUACAACAGGAGGAAAUUGAAGAAGAUGUGGAAGAUGGAAGAACGGAGACUGGAAGCACUGAAUAUGGAGAUGCUGAAACAGAAGAAUUUGAUCAAAAAAUACAACAUGAGAAUGAAGAUGAUCCAAAAGAAGAUGAAAAUAUUGAAGAUGUUCAAGUACAACCCACAAAUGUGAGAAGCAGGGGAAGGCCGAAAGGGACUACGAAGGCAAUAAUAGAAGUUCGAAAACGAAUAUUAGAAGAAGAAAGAAGACAAGAACGGGAGAACGUUAGAAGAUUAGAAAGGAUCAAGGGUCAACAGAAAGCAAAUGCUCGUCGUGGAUGA